CAGGAAAAUCCCCCAUCAGCAUAAAGCCAGUCUGAGGAGUCAGGCAUCUAUAAGCUGAUUCAGACCUCUGAUGAAAUCAUGCAAAUAAACACAGGGGAUCAGCUCACCUCCAGACUGUCUCAUGUGGUUAUGGACUCUAAACUGAAAGCACUAAGGAAUUACGAGCAUUUUGAACCUGAUAAUACAGAGGAACAUGAAGAUCCAAGAGAGUACUGCUAUGGUGGAUAUCACCCAGUUCAGCUGGGGAAUGUCUUUAAUAGGAGAUACAAGGUUCUGUCAAAGCUGGGCUGGGGAUAUUUCUCAACUGUAUGGCUCUGCAUUGACCUCAGGUCACAUAGGCAUGUGGCAGUGAAGGUGUUGAAGAGUGGUGCUGGAUUCACUCAGGCUGGCCAAGAUGAACUGACAUUACUGCGCUGUGCCAGUGGUCUCACAGCUCGUAACCCUCUUCGAGGACGUAUAGUGCAGUUACUGGAUGAGUUUAAGAUAGCUGGUGUGAACGGGAUCCAUAUUUGUUUGGUACUGGAGUUGCUGGGGCCAGACUUGCGCUGCUGGCAGGUGUGUUUCGGUAAUCCAGGUCUAUCUCUGAUCUGUGUCAAACGAGUCAUCACACAGGUGCUUGAAGGACUGGUGUAUCUUCACACCCACUGUAAGAUCAUUCACACAGAUAUAAAGCCUGAGAACAUACUGCUGUGUCUCACACCACAGUCUCCAGGGGGCGCUCUGCAGACUUCCUCUUCAGCCAUCAAAGCCACAAUUCUCCAGCACACUGGAAAAGAUGGACAAUCUGGAAACUUGGAUAACAUCAUGGUGAAGAUUGCAGACCUUGGCAGCUCAUGUUGGGUGUACAAACACUUUUGUCAAGAGAUCCAGACCAGACAAUAUCGCUCAUUGGAAGUUCUGCUGGGAUCUGAAUAUGGACCACCAGCUGACAUCUGGAGUGUGGCCUGCCUAGCAUUUGAGCUUGUUACUGGUGAUUCCUUAUUUGAACCCAAAGCAGGGCCAAAUUUCUCCUUAGAGGAAGACCACCUCGCUCAUAUUAUUGAGCUCCUGGGUAAAAUUCCAGUGUCAGUGGCUCUGUCGGGUAGAUAUUCCUCUAAGUAUUUCAACGGCAAAGGUGACUUGCGGCGGAUCGCUGUCCUCCGUGAAUGGGGGCUUUAUGAAGUACUUGUGGAGAAAUAUCACUUUCUUCUCAGGGAAGCAUCCCUCUUCUCUGAUUUCCUGUUACAAAUGUUGGACUUUCUGCCACAACGGAGAGCCACAGCAACUCAGUGUCUCAAACAUCCCUGGCUAAAACUGUGACCCAAACAUUCCCCUUCCUGACUUUUUGUACUCUUGUUAGAACUUCAAAGUAGUAAUCCUCUGCUACUGUGUUCCAUUUCUGCUGAUUUUAAUUUUAAAAAUCAUUGUACAACAUCAUAUGUUUUACUGUAAUACAGUAUAAGAAUGACUGUUACGGUAAUGAGAAUCAUCUUUGAAAAUAAUGGAAAUAGUAAAUGUAGUAUCUUAAUGGUCCUAAAUGUAGAUUUAAUUUCUUUAAGCAUAAAGUAAUAUCAUGUAAUUUUAUUAUUUUUAUUAUUAUUAUUUUGUUUUGGUAUUGAUUUUGGGUUAAAUAUGACCAGGACAUUUUCUUGACAGGGCUUGUGAGAUUCGCUCAUUUUGUAAAACAACGCUUUGAGGGCAUGAAAAUGAUUUAAAGUUUUGAAUGUGUUUGAUUUACUGGCAUAUAAGCUACAUUCCUCUUUUAAAUAAGGCUUGUAGUGUAAUUCUGUGUGACUGUUCAAGCUAAACUCAAAUAAUCACAGCUUAUUUGAUUAUUGUUGCUGACCAUGUGCAUCCCUUCAUGGCCACAAAUUACCCAUCUUCUAAUGGCUAAUUCCAGCAUAAUGAUGCACCAUGUCACAAAGCAAAAGUCAUCUCAAACUGGUUUCAUGAACAUGAUAAUGAGUUCACUGUUCUUCAGUGGCCUUCCCAGUCACUGGAUCUGAAGCCACAAUCAGCAUGAAUGUGCAGCAAUAAAUCUGAAGAAACUGCAUGAUGCAAUCUCAAAAAGGAAUGUUUCCAACAUCUUGUAGAAUCCAUGCCAUGAAAAAUUGAGGCUGUUUUGAGAGCAAAGGGAAGCCCUACCCAGUAUUAUAUUGUUCCUAAUAAAGUGCUCAGUGAGUAUACUUUUGAGAAACA